CAGAGGAACACCGUCCCUCGCUUUGUCUCGGCGGAGUCGUCGAGGAGGGUCUCUCGCUAUUCGCCGCCUCUGUUUCCUGUGAGACAUCGGUCCCCGGUAAACAUGGCAACCGCCGACCACUUUAAGGAGUGCAUGGAUUUUCGAGACGACUACGAGGAGUGUCUUCACCACCGGAAAGAGGACCAUCCCGCUUUCCGCGUCCGGAUGGCCGGCCAUGAUGACGCUGCGCACGCUGACUUCUGCCUUUGGUACUCCUUUAACACACAUGCCUCCAAGGCCCCCCUGCCCGCCCCGCCCGCCACGUUGAAGACCUUGGGCCGGAAUUGCCACGAGUUUUCGCCCUCCCGCCACGCCUCCACCGCAGGUGGGACCUUGAAGUCCAUGACUGAGGCCUCAGGCGCCGAGUAA